GGUACCAAUUAAAAAAAAAGUUGCCAUUAGAGCUAGCGUGGUGGGUGCUGUGGUCCUUGUCGGGUUCCACCAUGGCAUACAGGGGCCAGACCCAGAAAGUGCAGAAGGUGAUGGUGCAGCCCAUCAACCUCAUCUUCAGAUACUUGCAGAAUAGUUCCCGGAUUCAGGUGUGGCUAUACGAGCAAGUGAAUAUGCACAUAGAGGGCUGUAUUAUUGGUUUUGAUGAGUACAUGAACCUUGUAUUAGACGAUGCAGAAGAAAUUCAUUCUAAAACCAAGUCAAGAAAACAACUGGGUUGGAUCAUGCUGAAAGGAGAUAAUAUUACUCUGCUGCAAAGUGUCUCCAACUAGAAAUGAUCAGUGAAUUAAGACAGCAGUGAGAACCAAUAGCAGGCAAUUAAGAUAAAUGUCAAUUACAGUAUUACC